CGUCUCCGUCUCUCACUAAGAGCUUCAAGUCUUCAACAAAAUGUCCCAGAAACCAAGAACUACACCAGAUCUCCCAUGGAAGAUCCGCCUAUUUUACUCCACCCUCACCUUCGCCGUUGACAUCACUCGCCGCUCCAACAUCACUGUCAGCCGCCGUCUCUUCAACCUCGUUGACUUCAAAUCCCCACCUUCAAAAAAACCCAUCAAUGGCGUCACCACCACAGACAUCACAGUAGACCUCUCUCGCAACCUUUGGUUCCGCCUCUACACGCCCACAAUCACCGACAGCGACAGCACAAAGCUCCCCGUCAUAGUCUACUUUCACGGUGGAGGCUUCGUCUUCCUUGCAGCCAACUCAAAACCGUACGACGAUUAUUGCAAAACUCUCGCCAAAGAACUCCCAGCGGUUAUCGUUUCUGUCAACUACCGUCUCGCUCCGGAGCAUCGCUAUCCCUCUCAAUAUGAAGAUGGCUUCGAUGUGCUCAAGUUUAUCGAAACAAAUUCCAUUGAAAGCUUCCCUUCCUACGCUGAUCUUAAUCAGUGUUUUAUUGCCGGAGACAGUGCAGGAGGCAACUUAGCUCAUCACGUAGUUCUCAAAGCUGUUAAGAGCAAUUUAAACAAAGUAAGAAUCAUUGGAGUUUUAGCGGUUCAGCCAUAUUUUGGCGGAGAAGAGAGGACUGAAUCGGAAAUAAGGCUUGAGGGAGCUCCACUGGUGUCAAUGGAGAUGACUGAUUGGAUGUGGAAGGCGUUUUUGCCAGAAGAGUCGGAUCGGGACCAUCCGGCGGCCAAUGUUUUCGGGCCGAAUGGGGAAGAUAUUUCCAGCGUGAAUUUUCCGGCGACUAUUGUUUUUGUUGGAGGGUUCGAUCCAUUGCAAGAUUGGCAAAAGAGGUACUAUGAAGGGCUGAAGAAAAGUGGAAAAGAAGCUUAUUUGGUUGAGUUUCCUAAUGCUUGUCACUCUUUUUAUGCUUUUCCCGAGCUGCCUGAGUUUGGUUUGUUCGUUAAAGAGAUUAAGGAUUUCAUCAAAAAAAAAGACAAAUUGCCAAGUAAAUAAUUGAAUUUAUUUGUCAA